AUGGAUGCUUCGGAAAUUAGCGAUAAACGUUUGGCUCACAUUUAUGAAGAAGUUGUGAAAACGUUUAAAUUUAAACCCGAAAUAUGGACAAGUAUGAUGAAGAGUCCAGAGUUCCUGGUAGGUAGACCGGAAACCUAUACGAUUUAUUUAUUUAUUAUUGAUUAACUUAAGUACUACAAAGUGUGGUGAAUCUGACUAUAUUGUAUGGUUCAGAGUGUUAGGCGAUAGAGAGACAAAUAGACUAGAUAAUGGAAUGCAAAUGGUAGGGUGUAAUUGGGAAUGAUUUGAGGACAACUGCGUAUGCGAUGUGGGAGAUCGAAUCAAGUGGAAGUUUAGAAAGAGUGUGAAUGUGAUAUAUAUACAAUUUAUAUAUAUAUAUACAUACAAAUAGAUAGGACGAAGGCGAAGGAGGAGUAAUGGCAGGUAAAACAUUAAAUUCAAACAAAAUGUGUAACUAUUCUAUAUUAACUUUCAUUGUUCAAACACAUCUAUCUACCUUAUAAUUAAAGUGUGUUUUAUACGAUUCUAGGAGUUAAUAAUGAAUUUUCUUAAUGAUGCGGGUAAAGACAAACUUUUAUUUUCAAUGGGUACCGGGAUUUUGAUACCAUUGUCUGACAUACCAAAAGAAUUGAACACUAAAUUAUCAUGUUUUUUAAAACUUGAGAGUGUUAAAAUUACGGACAGUAAUUAUAAGUUUAUGCUUGUAAAAUUGGAAGCAUCUAUAAAUCCUUUUCAAGACAUAAAAACAGUAACCGAAAAUGUAAGUAAUAAGUGUAUACUUAUUUUAAAGCUAAUUAUUUUAAUAAAUAUUUCAUUUUGAAUACCUAGACUUUAGCACAUUUGUCUGCAAAUAGAGAUAUUUUUAAAAACUAUUCACACGACAUUGAAGUAGCCUUUCAGGACAGGCUUAAUGAUUUUUUAACCAACUUAAAAAAUGUAUUAUCUGCACAGAACAAAAACCGCAUAACCUUAGUAAUGCCUUUUGGUUUUGAAAAUAUUGAUAUUGCUUUAAAAAACAUUGAAACCAGGUAAUUAUGCUUUUCGUAUUAUUUCGUAACUAUUAACAUGUUUAUUGUAUUAUAUAAUUAAAUACAACAAUUAUUCUAAUAGAUAAAUGUAGUUUUAGUAGUUAAAUAUUUUCCACUCGGGGGAGGGGUGGUAAUUUAUUUUCUUUAUUCCUAACGGUUUUUCUAAAAUAUUUGAAAAUAAAAACAAAUACACCUAACCAUGAAAUCGACUUUAAUUGCUAUUACGGUAACCAGUCAACCAGAUUACCCCUGAAUCCUUAUUAGUUUGUAAUGAUUUUUAGUUGAUUCCAGUAUAUAGGUAACCAUAAUUACCUUUUAUCUUACUUUAUUUUUUUCUAGUGAUGGAAAAAUGAUAGACGAAGUAUUAAAACUGAGACUAGAAGAACAAGUAUACGUGUGGUUUAAACAAAUUAGUACAUUGGUACAAAUUAUGCCAGAUUCGAUUCUUGAACUAGAUCCCAAUGCAACGCAUGCAAAUUGCAAGUGUUAA